AGCCGGUGAAAGAAAUGGCAUUUUCUGUUUGGAAGUCAUGGGGUAGAAACCUUCGUACGAGCCAUCGUCGUCAAAACAGUGAAGACAGCUGCGUGCAACUCGAUCUGUCAAGAGGUCUGGAGGAAAAUGUCAAAGAAGUUUUGACCAAUCUUUGUCAACGUCACAAUGUUCCAAGCAUAAAGAAAUUGGCAUAUCUUAAUGCCAUUGUUAAGUUAAUCAGUGAAAAUGAUUCACCAGAUUAUGGAUAUUCCAUUGAUGAUGUCUUUUGCUGUCUGCGUGUGGGUCUUGUCCAAGAAGCAACACAAGUUCGUGCUGCUGCACUGCGAGCAGUACGAUACAUGCUCAAAAAAGAGCAAGAUGUUAUUGCAAUUAAUAAAUUGCAAUAUCCAUACUUUGUGGCACGUAGUAUGGAUGUUAAUGUACGAAAUGAAAUGGAAGGGUUGCAAGCUCUUAGACUGGUUAGACGAAUUCUAGUAUUAGCUCCAAAAUAUUUUAGUCCUAUUUUAGCAAGAUCUUUAAUAAGCUUGAUAAAUGGAGGAAUAGAAGAAAAGGACGGAGCAUAUAGAGCAUUCUUAGCAACUUUGUGUGAGUUAGGAGUUUUAAAUUCAAAUUUAUUAAUCAGUUGUGGAGGGAUUGGUGCCCUUGGAAGAGCUGCCAUGACUGGACAAAGCCCUCCUAUAAUUGAAUCUAUUGUAGGAGUCCUAUUAAAAUUAUUGAAUACUCCUGAAACUAGGAGUAGUGUUUCUCUUUUAUGUUUUGCAGCUCCCUACUGUGAGCUUCAUUCAUUGAGUAUAGAUGGAACAAAAGAAGAGCGAGAAAGGUUCGCAGCAAGUAAACUAGCACUGUUAAGCAUAUUGAGAUCUUAUUCUGGUGUUCUACAUUUCUGUCGACCUGACGAUAAUUCAGGAUUGAAAGCUAUAGCAGAUAUAUUGUAUGUUGAACAACUUGAAGUACGAGGUGCUGUAUUAGAAUUACUUUACGAAUUGUUGGAUCUACCCUUACCUACAUGGACGGAUGAACCCGAUGUUGCUCUUGCUGCAGUAGAUCCGAGUCGGACACGCGAUUCAUGGAAAUUGUCCGAAGGUUUUGUUGCAGUGGAGGGAAAAUAUAUUCUGCCAUCUCUAUCGUCACGCUGUCCAAAUAUUACAGAGAUACAUCUAGCAUUAUUGGUGUAUGCUUUACUGGAAUGUGGCUUACAUCAUGCCCUUGCAGAAACUAUUAUUUCUACAGACACUUUUAUUUCUGUACGUGCUGCCGUUCUCUUGGGCGCAUUACUCCAUCUUGCACAUUCUUUACUACCGUCUGAAGUGUGUGAUCUUACACCACCGUUACCGAAUUUAUUGGAACACGCGAGUACGGGAAAGCAUCAAGCCUUAGCAGCUGUAACAAUUUUGGAACGAAUGCACACUAUGAUGCGACGUAGACCAGCACCUGCUAGUUUAUUUCUUGAUAAAAUUCUACAAGCCGGUACUUGGUUGAGACCAACCUUACCAAGGCGUCAACGAACUUCUAGUAGACACUGGCUACGUCGAGAAUCAGCAACCACUCCUCUUUUGAAGGAUGCUCAAGUACUCAGUUCGAAAGACGCGCUUGCAUGGAAUUGGCCUGUGGUACGAUCCAUAUUACGUUCACGAGAUGAUACCAUGCGAAUUCUUCAUGAUUCUGAUCAUAGAUUGUUCAUGAAAAGGCUCGUACGCUACUUUAAACCGUGUUCAAAUGGAUAUAGUAGGAUAGAGUUAGCAACAAAUGCCAAUUUGGCACGAGAAGCUACGUUAGCUGGUUGUGAUUUAUUGAACUGUUUAUUGGAGCUCCAUGAACCGGAAGGUUCGAAAUUAUUGAAUGAAUUGAUCGGAGAUAUAGCUGAGCAAAUUGCUUGCUUGCGGACAGCACAAUCUGCUCACGAGUGUCUAUUUUCACCGCGGCACAUGUCCACCACUUGUUGUCAGAAAUAUUUUCUAUUUCUUGGACAAUUGAGCCAUUCAGCGAAAGGGACUGUAAUUCUGAAUGGAUUUAAUUUAUUAGAGAAAUUGCAAGACUUAGCUUUAGCUACUAAUCAUGACUGUUAUGUUAAACUUAUAGUUUCAAGUUUAGAUUAUUCUAGGGAUGGACCUAAUAGGAAAGUAAUGACUAAGAUUAUUACAGAAGCAGCAUCAGAGAGUACACGUCUAUAUGCUACACAGUUCCUACGAUUGAUACUCAGAGCCAGAAUGUCUGAUGCCUAUCGUUGGGCAAUUACACUACUAACAGCAAGGUUGUCCGAUUCCAGUAAAACUAUAGCAUUAAAUGCAUUAGAGUCAUUACACGAAGCUUGUGAAGAGCCAGAAUAUUUAGUAGCUCUGUUGCAACAAGGAGGUCAAUCUCGAGAUUGGAGUAAAUGGCUUGAAGAGUUAGGUGACAAAGGCUACCUGUUGAAAAUUCGACUUUACUCUCUUCAUCAAGGUUUCACGACCCUCUCGUCUCCCACCGAAGAAUUAGAAAAAUGGAUCAGUCCUGGUGGUUUUGCAGAGAGAUACGUCGGCUUAAUAGAAGGAGAAAUACAUGAUUCUUUAACGCGUCGUCAAAGAGAUGAAACCGGAAGUUAUCACAGAAGAACAACAAAUGUUCCUAUGACACCUCAUGAUAUUUUCAUUCUACCACACUUAGUUGGUCAACUGGCGCAACAUGAUUUAGGCAUGCAGUUAAUUGUACGCCGAAAUGUAAUACAACGUUUCGCUCGAGUCGUUCAACGGUUUAGAAUGGAAGUGGGUGAUACAGACUCAGAGUCAAAUUCAAGAUGCACCAAAACUAAUUGUUCUGUGAUCGACGAUGUUUGUGUCAUGUCCGAAGAGUCUAGUACAGAUGAAGCAGUCGAGUCAAAUAGAUUGGAAACAAUAAUGGAUUCUGAAGUUGCAGAAGCAACGGAUGAAUCUACUCCCCAAAAGAUUGACUGUUUAGCUGAUGUUCGUCGAAAAACAAGCUUAGAUGAUUCAAGGCGUACCGCGACAGAAAGAAAUUGGAGAUUGGAGACUAAAUCUCGAGAUGAGCAGGCCACCAGCUUGAAUAAAAAGAUUUUAAGAGUGAAGUCCGCGUUGUGGGUGCUUGGUCACGCAGGAACAUCAACCGCGGGUGUAGAACAGUUGAAUCAUUUAGGAACCAUAGAAUUAAUAACAUCCAUGGCACAGACAUGUCUGUAUUAUGCGGUACGAGCGACAGCUAUGUACGCUCUCAGUCUUAUUGGCACUACUCGCGCGGGCGCUGAUGCUCUGUUGUCUUUUGACUGGCCGUGUGUUAGACACAGGCGCGGAGACCAUUGGCCAGUCUUGCCUCCUACGAGCAGGUAUCCAGCGCCGAGUCCAAUUCCCAUACAACGACACCAUAGAAGUCUUAGUGAUGGUAAACCAGAGUUACCUGAACCAGUGGCUCGAAGGACCAGAAACCGAUCUGAAAGUGCAGCUACAGACCUUGAAGCCAGACGUUAUGCUCUACCAGAAAGAGGAGAAACACCAAGUCCUGUUGCCAGUAUUCAACGAUUAAGUCAACAAGACGCUGAGGGAUAUGCAAAGCUUCGUAGCUUGCAACGCCAUCGAAGACCCAGUUAUUCUCACAGUAGCUUAGAGAUGUACAGUUUAGAUGGCCGUCUUUCGUUGCAAAGUUUAUCCGAAUUUGAUUCAUCUCGCAGCUGGAUUGCGGAACACGUACACACCCCAACACCCCCACCGCCUGAAGAUAGUAACGAUAAUUUAUUUUACAUGGGUGUUGCUCUUCCAAAGAGACUUAUAACUAUAUUUCCGGAACCGCCGCAAUCAUCGAUUCUGUCUAGAUCCGACGAUAUACCAAAAUCAGACAUAGAAACGACUGAAGUAGACGAAGAGUCCUGUUCAGAGUACGAUGUAGAUGCGGAACAUUGUCGUAUAUGUUUAGUGUGUUACCACGGGAAGUGUAGCAAAAAAGAUACGGAUUCGGAAUAUGAUGUUAAAUUGCGAAGGAUAAUACUUGGACAUACACAGCGGUUAGCAAAUCCUUUAUGGUACCGACAUAGUCGGCAAACUCUACUUAGACUACGACAAAUGCAUUCGGAAAUAUUUCAGGAUACUUGUUUAUUUUCGGACGUAGCAGCCUGUUUAGGUAGCGGUACAUAUAGAAUGCCAGCACGACGAUUUCUACAGGAAUUAUUUCUAGAUUCUACAUUUGAUGCACUUUAUGUAGAACCAGUUAAUAUUCUAAAGUUAAACGACGGUAACGAGGAAAUACCGUUGCAAUCGCCCAGUUCCACGACACCUGAACCCAAGCCCCUUGUGCCUUCAGAAAAUCAAAUUAAUGGAAGACUUACGUUUCCUGAGAUUCAAGUAACGCAACUGGAUGUCGUUGCUGAAGAGGCCGGUGGUGAUUCUUGUAAAACAGAGCAUUGCAAUAAAAUGCAAGAGGUUUUGCGGAAACCGGAACGACGAAGCGACGAAACAAUAAUAGCUGAAAUUUUAAAGCCGGAAGAGAGAAUACGUCUGUCAAAGAGUUCCGAUAGAUUAUUAAAGGUAACAGGUACAAACAAUGCCAUUAGCCUUGAUUAGCAGUCACCAACUCUCAAGCAAUUGUAAAUAUUUUGUAUUAAAGUAAUAACGAAGUAUGAAA